CCUUUCUGUGCUGUUUGAUUCUCGCCAAGUUCUCGCUCUCUCUUUCUUGCUCUGCUUUGUGCAAGCUCAGAGGAGAAGAAGCAUUCAAAGAAGCCUGUUUCAUGGCUGAACAAAAAAGAGUAAACCGGCUGCCCUCAAUUAGAUCCCGUGCUAUAGAAACUGGUGUGCUUGUUCAUGAAGUAGAUGAGGGAAGUCCUUGCUUACGAUGUGAUAACUGUGAAAAAGGUUUUUUAUUGCACUUUUGGAGGAAAAUCUGUGCUAAUUGUCAAUGUCCAAGAGAAGAGCAUGAUAUUAGGCCACAUGAAGAGAGACAAGCUGCAGUUGGAAAGCUUUUGUUUCACUCUAAUUCUGACGCCAAAGCUAUGGUUAAAGAUGCUGCUUCCAAGUCACCACAGAGACCAAGAGCAACUAUACCUCACAUUCCAAAGCAAGAAUCUGAAAGUCCUUCUAUUUUAAGGAGAACAGAAAAUUUUACAUGGACACCUAGGGAUACUACUGUUGAAGCUGCUCGCAGUUUCUUUGCAAAUCUUCCUCAAAAUAAGAAGCCAGUUGCUGGGAUGGCAGGUGAUAGAUAUUGGCAGAAGCAGAAGAUUCGUCAGCUCCCAGCUCAUGAUAUUGACCUGAUAUACUGCAAUGAGCUAACAGAUGAAGAAUGCAAGCAAAUGGAGCUGUUUAUUAAGAUCAGGAGGGAAAAGUUUCUUGGACGUGGAAUGAUUAAAGCUUCUGAUAGCAGCUGUGUUUGUAAAAGGUGUUGUGUGACAUUCAAAAAAGGAGAGUCUGCAGUUAUAGCUGAUAAAUUAUCUGGUUCUGACAAUAUGUACCAUCCAGCUUGUUUUACUUGCACCGACUGCAAUGAAUUACUGAUUGAACUCAUUUAUUUUGUGUAUGAGGAUAAGCUCUACUGUGGGAGACAUCAUUCUGAGAAAAUGAAGCCUCGCUGUGCUGCUUGUGAUGAGAUGAUUUUUUGUGAAGAAUACACUCGUGCUGAAGACCAGAAUUGGCAUGUCAAUCACUUUUGCUGUCAUCGUUGUGACAGCUAUCUUGGAGGCCAAACCUACAUGGCCAAGGAGACACAGCCAUACUGUUUGAAGUGCUAUGAACUGCUGUUUGCUAAUAUCUGUACUGCAUGCGGGUCCACUAUUUCUCUUGAUGAACCUGUACUGAAGCAUGAAGGAAAGUAUUGGCAUGCACGUGCUGAAUGCUUCAAGUGCAGAACAUGCAAGAAAGUGUUGGUUGAUCAGCCUUUCCUUCCAAAGAGCAGCAAAAUCUUUUGCAGCAAGGAAUGCUUCAGGGAAUACAGGGAUAGUAAAAGAGCUGCACAAUAAUUAGGGAGGGACAGUCUAGUUGUUUGUUUUUAAAGUUCACAUGUACUGUACUGCAAUGAUUAAUUUUUUACAAGAAAUUUUUUUAAAGAUUCUAGUCAACGCCCUUUUAUC